CCGCUACAAACAUUUCUCUAUGUCAAGCAGAGUAACCUCGCUGUUCCAGAGACACCACAUCCGCUUAGAGCACGAGUCGAGGUCUUUCUCCCGGUACAUAUAUCGUGGUGCGGCCAUGUCUUCCCUCUCGACGACGGCCGAGCCAAGACCCAUUGUAUUCUCCGGCCCAUCGGGGACUGGCAAAAGUACCCUUAUAAAGCGACUCUUUGCGAAACACCCCGAUCUCUUCGGCUUCAGUGUCUCCCACACGACUCGAAAGCCCCGCCCGGGCGAGGAAGAUGGCGUUCACUACCACUUCACAUCCCCCGAAACCUUCCAGUCAAUGAUCGCAAACAAUGCGUUUGAGGAGCAUGCCAAAUUUGGAGGGAACUACUACGGCUCAUCCAAGAAGGCUGUCCAAGACGUCGCUGAGGGAAAAGGCAAGAGCAUUGAUGGUUCCACAGCUCCUGGCAAGAGGAUAUGUAUAUUUGAUAUCGAGAUGGAAGGCGUCAAGCAGUUGAAGAAGAGCCAGUUGAACCCAAGGAUAUGCUUUAUUCAGCCCCCCAGCAUUGAGGUUCUGGAGCAGAGACUGCGAGGUCGCGGCGACACGAGCGAAGAAGCAAUCCAAAAGCGUCUAGCCCAGGCCAAGCACGAGAUCGAGUAUUGUAAGACCGAGGGCAAGAAUGACAAGGUCAUCAUCAAUGACGAUCUGGAUGCCACGUUCCACGAACUUGACGAAUGGGUGAUGAAAGAACUUGGCACUGAGGCCUCAGCUUGAUUCAACCAAGCUGCAACAAGGGAAAAAGGGUUGGUGUACGGAGUUUUGAUUUCCGAAACCACAGGGAGGAUGAACAGUCAUGAGAAUUACUUUAUACCCCCAGCUCAAAGACGAAAGGCCCGCUCUCUGCAUAGACGCUACAUUAGAAUAAAGUUUCAGGCGACAAGAAAAGGAUAUGGCAAUCGCUCAAGCUCAACCAUUGCUUUUGUCAAAUCC